CACACAUUUCUGUACACUUGGUCAAGGCCAAAGUCCACAUUAUAUUUCAGGACUUUGACUGUGCAGCUGAGUUGGUUCCUUGAGACGUACCACAGGAUGUUUCACAGGUGGCAUGGACAUCUCCAUAAAUUCUGCCUUGGUACUGUCAGCACUUUGGUUUUUCAUCACACCGCUGUCCUCCUUCUUCUAACCAACAGAUGUGAAGGUCAGUCUCAGAUCGUUGGCCCGUCAAAGCCAAUCCUGGCAAUGGUUGGUGAAGACAUCAUUUUGCCAUGUCGCCUGGAACCUGCCACUGAUGUUGUUGCUAUGACGCUGGAGUGGGCAAGACCUGACCUGAACCCCAGGUUUGUCCAUCUGAGGCGCGAUGGAGUGGAACUGUUGAUUAAUCAGUAUCCAUCAUAUGUGGGAAGAACAUCACUGUCCACAGACAAACUGAAACAUGGAGACAUCUCACUCAAACUCUCCAAGGUUAAACUCUCCGAUGAGGGAACAUAUAGAUGCCACAUUCCAUCAAAGGGUACAGCGAUGGUUGAGCUUGUUGUUGGUGCAGUUUCCUCACCUGUUGUUGUCAUAGCAGAGAUCGAUCAACCCGUCAGAGCAGUGGUGUUAGAGUGUGAGUCUAAAGGCUGGUAUCCAGAGCCUGAGGUGUUGUGGCUGGACGGUGAGGGAAACCUCCUCUCUGCUGGACCUACAGAGACAGUCAGAGGUCCUGAUGACCUCUAUACUGUCAGCAGCAGAGUGACUGUGGAGAAGAGACACAGCAACAGCUUCACCUGUAGAGUCCAACAGAACAAAACCAACCAGAGCAGAACCGCAGAAAUCCGGAUUCUAGAGGAAGUUUUCCUGGCCCCGUCUUGUUCUGCUGUUCGUAUCAUCAUAGUCCUGAUCCUGUCUGUUACCUUCAUGGUCUUUCUGGUAGUCGUCUUUGUUUUGUGGAAACUACGACAAAACAAAAUCAAUAAAAUGAACCAGGAUGGUGAAGCAGAAGAAAGAGAGCAGCUCUUCAACAGAAGUAUGAGAAAGGAUUAUUCGGUGAAGAAAAAGACAGAACUUCAUGACAUGUUACAGGAGAAAGAGGAAGAAAAGAAAAACAUGCAACAAGUGAUCUCAGUAUUGAUGGAACAAAAAACUAAAUUGGAGAGCUCCAGAGACAAACAGAUAUCACAGCUGGAGGAGGUGGAGAAAGAGAGGAGUGAGAAUGAGAAGGAACUGAAGUCAUUAGAAAAGAAAUUCUACUGGGACAAAUGUGAAAGAAAAAACGAUCUAUUAAAGGAGAAAGUGGAACUGGAGGAAAAAGGUAGAGAGUAUAAGGGCUCUUUGCAGAUCACUAUGGAACAGCUACACAAAACGAGGGAUGUGAUAAAAAUAAUGACAGAAUGGGAAAACAAAAUAGAGAAUCAGUUUAAGCAAAUUGAAAAACAACUGGAGAAGACAGAGAGACUGAAAGAGAAGAACCCGAGGAAACUUCAUCCAGAUCAGACAGAGCAGUCAGAGAGAGUGGAGGAGACAGAGGAAGAGAAGGAGACAGAGGACGAGACAGAGAAAGAGAAGGAGACAGAGAAAGAGACAGAGAAAGAGGAGGAGACAGAGAAAGAGACAGAGAAAGAGAAGGAGACAGAGAAAGAGACACAGAGAGAGGAGAAGAACAAGAUGAAACCUGAACCAGAUCAGACAGAGCAGUCAGGGAAAGAGAGGAGACAAACAAAAACACUGAUACAGAAACAUUUUCAGAGCUUUGUCAGAGUUAAUCACAGACUCUGAUGAUACUGUAAAUACUGAGAAUCCAUUUAGAUCCACUGUCCUAUAAAUGAGAGUUUUUUGAUUUGGCUCAGUGUCUAAUAUUCUUGUAUCACUUUAUUGUACCUUCUUAUUUGAUGAGAUUUUAUUCUAUGAAACUUUAUUCUUUGGGGAGAAUUCAUAUAAACCUUUAUUUCACUAAGUUUUUUCUGUAUAGAUUGAAAUGCACACACAUAUGUACAUUUCUUGAGCUUUUCUGGUGCUAUUCAGAAAUAACAUUGCAAAGUUACUUGACAUUAUUAUUAUCAUUAUCAUUAUUGAUUUUUGUAUAUUUUUUAUUCCCCCUGAGCUUGUUUGAAAUGUUUUCCAUCUUGAAAUAAAUGUA